AUGGAGUCACCAUCUUUGUUCGUUCGGUUGCUUUCCUUUCUCAUGUUGACGACGUUGUGCCAUGCUAUAGCAUUUACGCAAUCUUUUAACUCUUCUAUUCAACGAUGCCAUGAUGAUGAAAGCUUGGCCUUGCUGCAAUUCAAAAAUAGCUUCAACAUCUCUAGCUCUUGUUCUUAUUCAAAGCUUGAAUCAUGGAAGCUAAAUCAAGGCGUAAGAUCAGGUGAGUCUUGCUCAUGGGAUGGUGUGGAGUGCGAUGAGAAAACUAAUCAUGUUGUUAGCCUUGACCUAAGUGAGAGUUGUAUUUAUGGGUCGAUCAACUCCAACAGCACUCUCUUUCGCCUUGUCCAUCUUCAAAGACUUAAUCUUGGAAGCAACAACUUCAUCCACUCUCAAUUCUCAUCUGAAAUAGGCCAACUCUCGAGGUUAACUCAUCUCGACCUUUCUUUUUCUGGCUUUUCUGGCGAAAUCCCAGCUGAAAUCUCUAAUCUUUCAAGCUUGGUUUCCCUUGAUCUAUCUUGUAAUCUUGAUUUCAUUAGUUAUGAUGAAUUAUUGAAGCUCCGUCAGGCUAGCUUUAGAGGUCUAGUUCAAAACAUGACCAAUUUGAAGGAACUUGAUCUAGAAUGCGUGGACAUUUCUUCAACGGUUCUCGCAAAUCUUUCAUCUUUGGAGUCUCUCCAUCUUUGUGGUUGUGAAUUGCAUGGUGAAUUUCCGGCGAGCAUUUUCUGGCUUUCGAACUUAAAGAUAAUCGACUUAUGCGAAAAUAUAAAUCUAACAGGUUUUUUGCCUGACUUCCACCCGAGAAGUCACCUUGAAAGAUUGAGGCUCUUCUCAACAAGUUUUUAUGGAAAAGUACCUCCUUCUAUUGGAAACCUUACUAAUCUUGAAAAUCAACUUACUGGUCCAAUCCCACCCCAGAUUAACAAUCUCACCUCGCUAUCCUCGUUGUACCUUUCAUCAAAUAAAUUGCAAGGUUCAAUUCCUAUCAAUUUCUCUCAACUCAAUCAACUUGAAUUCCUUGAUCUUCAUUCAAAUACUUUAGCUGGGUCAUUGGAUCUAAGCUCAUUCUUUCAGCUCAACCAGUUAACCGAACUGAUCUUAUCAUUUAAUAGCUUGUCCGUGCACUCUACAAUGGCUACAAAUGGCCACCUUCCGUACUUGAGAACUUUAGGAUUGGCUUCUUACAAUCUUACCCAGUUUCCCAACUUCUUGCAGAACCAGCAAGGCUUGGAAUAG